GUUGUCAGUAUUUGUAUGUUGUGCAGUUCUGUUGAGUUUCGUGUGGGUUUUCCUCAUUUUUUAUCCUCAACACAGUGUGAUAAAACUAAAAUUAUUAUUAAAUUUUUAGUGUGUUUACUAAAAAGUAAACCAUUUAGUGGUGACGAUCGAUGUCGUUGUGACGAUUUUUGUGACUUGUUCGUACUACAGCAAUUUAUCAGUAUUUUUAUAACACUUACGUAUACUUACAUUACAAAAUCUAAACACAAGUUACUCACAAGUGGCGUAUGAGCAUGAUGUGUUUGUGAAGUAUGGCGCGCUGGGCUUUGGUGCUGGCGCUGGUCGGGGCGUGGUGGGCGCCCGCGCAGCUCAUGGAGCCGCCGCACUGCGCCGCCGCGGGGCGCUGCACGGCCGCGGGCUCCAGCCAGAGCGAAUACAUUUACAUCGUUGACGGUUUCACAGUCAAUCUUGAAUAUACAGACAGUGGCUACUUUAAAUUAAAAUGCACGAAAGGUUUGACACUCGACAAUUCAGCAUUACCUACUUUUGAAUCGCAACUACGCGUAAAUAAGGUAUACUUUGAAGAUUGUCCGUCGCCACAAAGCUCGUAUGCCGACGUGCUCGAGAGAUUCAACGUGGUUGUGCUCGAAAAGAUGACGCUGACCAAAAUUGGCAAUCUCACGGCCACACACUUCGCACAGCUCCAGCAUCUGCACAAACUGGAGCUGCUGACGGCGGCCCUGGCGCCCGGGGCGCUGGCCGCGCUGUCCCAGCUCCAGUACUUGCUGCUGGACAGCGUGCGCACGGCGCCCGGCGAGCUGCGCCGCCUGCCAGCCUCGCUGGAGACGCUCAGCCUCAUGCGCAUGGGCAUGGACGUGACGGCCGCGGACCUGGCCGCGCUGCCGCGCUUGGACUACCUGGUCGUACGCGACCCUGCCAACGUGCGCGUGGAUGCUAGCGCCGCGCCGCGGAUGCUGUCCCUGGAUCUGCCGGCGGCGGUGCUGGCGCGUGAGCUGUCGCCGUCGUUACGCAAGUUGACGGUGUUCGGCUGGGGCGAGGCGCACCCGGCACCGUGGCUGCAGUGCGCGCUGGAGUCGCUGGACGUGCGCGAUGCCCUGGCCGAGGAGCUGCCGCCGGGCUGGCUGGCGCGCUGCUCGGCGCUGCAGUCGCUGCGCGUGGACUCGGCAGGGCGGCUGGCGCGGCUGGAGCCGGGCGCGCUGCGCGGCGCGGUGGCGCUGCGGGAGCUGCGCGUGGUGAGCACGGCGCUGCAGUACCUGCCGCCGGGGUUGCUGGACGACGUGCCGCAGCUAAAGCUGCUGGACUUGUCCUCGAAUCGACUGCUGGAGUUACCGGGCGGCUUAUUCGCGAAGACAAAUGCGCUGGAGUCGCUGAAUCUGUCCAGUAACCAGUUAACACAGAGCGUUUUGUCGUCCCUGUCGGCCGUCACGUCACUCGUUAGCUUGGACCUCAGCAACAACAACCUCAAAGACUCCUGCGGCAGUAAAUCUGACGCAGUGCGAGAAUCAUCACCUCUACAAUAUUUGAAGCUGUUAAGGAAACUCGUAUUGAAAAAUACGAAUAUCAGUAUGAUCUGCCGUGAUUGGCGGGAAAAUAUGCCGCAACUGAAGACUCUGGACCUCACAGACAACUUGUUCGAAUACAUUACGUUCGCAGACAUGCAAUUCUACGGCACCGCCGACGUCAGCGUGGACCUGCAGCGCAACAACGUCAGCGUGCUGGAGUACACGCGCGAGGACUACAAGAGCGCCGUCAACCUCGACAAGCCGGCACUGCGCGCGCGCCUGGUCCUGUCCAGCAGACUGCGCUGCGACUGCCACGUGUACUGGGCGGCGCGCGCCUUCCACGAGCGGCCCGCGCACGCGCCGCUAGUGCCGCGCUGCGCGGACGGCUCGCCGCUGGGCCGCGCGCCGGCCGCGCUGGAGUGCGCGGGCGCGCCGCCCGGCGUGCGCUGCGCCGCGCCCUGCGCCUGCGCGUGGCGGCCGGGCGAGCGCGCCGUGCUGCGCGUGCGCUGCGAGGGCGCGGCGCUGCGCUCGGCGCGCGCGGCGCUGGCGGCCGUGCACGCGCCGCGCGGGCUGGCCGCCGACUGGGAGCUGUACCUGGCCAACAACAGCAUCGAGCGCGUGUUGGACUUGCGCAACAACUCGGUGAGUUCUCUGAGCGCGCGCUCGGCCCGCCAACUGGUGCGGCGCGGCGCGUGGCUCGCCGGCAACCCGCUGCACUGCGGCUGCGGCGCCGCCGACGCGCUCGCCGUCCUGCGCGCCGGCCUGCGGGACGCCGCCGCCGCCACCUGCCUCGGCGGCGCGCCGCUGGCCGGCGCCCGCCCCGCGCCCUGCGCCGCCUGGCCCGCGCCGGCGCUGGGCGCGGCCGCCGCGCUGGCCACGCUGCUGCUGGGCGCGGCGCUGCUGGCCGCGCUGUGGCGCCAGCCCGGCCUGCGCCUGCGCCUCAAGGCGGCGCUGCACCGGCGCGGCUGGCUGCCGGCGCAGCCCGAGCCGGACGACGACGCGCGCCGCUUCGACGUCUUCGUGUCCUUCUCGCACGGCGACGAGCACUUCGUGCGCUCGCAGCUCGUGGCGCGCCUGGAGAGCGGCCCCGCGCCCUACCGCCUCUGUCUGCACUACCGCGACUGGGCGCCGGGCGGCUGGAUCCCGGCGCAGAUCGCGGCCUCGGUCCGCGCCUCGCGCCGCACCGUGGCCGUCGUCUCCGAGCACUUCCUGCGCUCCAGCUGGGCGCGCGCCGAGUUCCAAGAGGCGCACGCGCUGGCGCUGCGCGAGGCGCGGCCGCGGCUGGUGGUGGUGUUGCUGGAGGAGCCGGCGCGGCUGCCGCUGGACGACCGACUGCGGCGGUACCUGGCCGCCAACACCUACGUGCGCUGGGGAGACCCGUGGUUCUGGGAGAAGCUGUACCUGGCGCUGCCGCGCGGCCGCGGCCCGGCGCCGGCGGGCGGCCCGGCCGGCCCGGCUGCGCCGCUGGCCACGACGCUGGCGUCGGGCGCGCCGCCGGCGCUGGACAAGUCGUCGGACGCGUUGGACGGCGACGAGUCCACGCUGGUGCCGCUGACUCCGGCGCUGGCUUAGCCUCUCUCCGACUCUGCACUCCCGGUCUGCCGUCGUCUUGCUUGUAUGAAUAUUUCGAAACAAGUUCGGGUCUCUCGUUGAGGUAGCUGUCUACCCGUGCCUCGCUCAAUGACGACAUGGCCACUCGAGUAGUACGAGUGAGUAUAAUUAUCAAACCGACACUGCGUGCCGUAGUGGUAUGUCCGCGCUGUGUCACGGUUUUCAGUGCGAGCUUACCGAUCGAGUGCACUUCUAGUUUUAUAUAAUUUUUUUGUCACGUCUCUAAAAAAGUUAGAGUACAAUUCUUGAGGAAUCUCUUUGUGAAUCUAACCAUUUCCAAAAUAACGUCGAAUUACUGAAGAACUUUGAGCAAACUCAAGUCUAUAUCUCUUCUUAUCAAUGACUUUUCACAGACUCCGUUCGAAAUGAAUACUACCCAACCAAAUCAACUAGUGAUAGUAAACUGUAAUGUAUGAGCUGCUAAAUAUUUUGAAUGUUAAACUAAUUAUAAGUGAGCUGACAUUUGAAGAAUUGUGAAGAAUUGUUUUUCCUUCUGGGUGUAGUUUAGUUUGAUGCUUACUGUACCGGGUCCAAAGUCCCCGCAGACGAGCGCGGCAGUGUUGUAGUGCCUCGGUCCGAGUGGGAUGGACAAUCUGCGACACAUAUUAUGUUAAACCUAUGAAUAAUACUCAGUUCCCCGGCGGACACCAAACAUUCCCCUGGUGUAAAUUAUGCUAUGACGAUAAUUGGAUAUACGUGGUAAGCUACAAUUUAAGUAAACAUUCCUAAUUGCACAAAUAUAAAUGGACUACAUCUGCGUGCGGCGUACUAUUAAGGGAUCCAUGACUCGAGACUGAAAUGGUGGACCAACAUUUUGGUACUUUUUAUUCCUAUAUAGGUAUAGAAGAAGAUUGGUCGUGAAUGGUAGUCAUAAGUAAGUAAGUAGUAAAUACAAAGCAAAAGCUCGUCGGUCUAGUCGAAUUCGUGAUUACAAAGGGAUUUAUCGGUUUAUUCAAUUUCAGACAUUGUCACUAAUUCUGCCGACAUAAAAUAAUAUUAAGAAAACAAUACCCUCCGUACAACCGGCUCACGUCGGAUACUGCUCAGUCUCUCUACCGUUUAGAGUUUAAAGCGCGCGUCGUCGCUUCGAGUGUGGACAAAUACUGUUGCUUUAAACUUUCACGACGGAGGGCCCCGGUGUAACUCUAAACCAGUUGAACUGACCUGAAUACUCUUAAUAUUAAUUAAGACCUCUGUUUUUUUUAUUUGUAUGGCGAAAAUAAGUGUUAUUGUUAUAUUAAGUGCGUGUUUGCCAACCAUUAGGAAAGUAAAACAUGCUAGUAUAUGUAUGAGUAGUGAGAGGAGUACUUAACGGUAUUUGUCUUAAUUUUACAUGGAAACUGUAAUGAAAUAAUUUAUUGGUUAAGAGUCUUUAUUUCUACACGUUUAGAAUUGGAGAUAUUUCCUUGAUAAGAUCAAGGGUAAGAUGAUAUUAUUAUUUUACUAAAUAACGAUUGUUGUGGCAUGCCUUAGAAAUACUUUGUGAAACGAAGUAUUGUAGUAGAGCUAGGAAGUGAAGUGAGUGUUACUAAACGUAACGUAGGAUAUUGUGUGUAUAAUGAUGUCGGAGUGAUCGUAUUGUGCUUGUAGUAAACCCGUGCCAAUCUCAGUAGGCCAUAAAUAAACAUUGAAUAUACUUAGUUAUUAGUAAUCUUUAACCAUGUUACAAAUUGAUAUAUUGUUGUACCAUGAAAAUUAUAUGAAUAAAGAC